UAAAAUUUUUAAACAGGAAAUUUCGUGCUGUCAGAUUUGCAAUUUAUAUCAAACUAGCUACUAAACAUAAAACAUUAUACGAUUUAAUGAGAAUUCAACCCUUUAUAGUUAUCAUCUUUGAAUUUGACAGAAGGAUUCGACUUUCAAUGCCAUCUUGAAUCUGCCUUACACAAUGGCCUAGAUUGAAGGCGUUUAAUUGCUGAGAGUACUUUAUUCGCCUAGCCAUCACAGUCUUCAAAGUAUAAAAUCUGAAGCUUCCAUCUCGCGUUAGGGAGGGGGCAGCCUCUUCAACAAAAGAGUACAAAAGGCAUUAAAUGCCACCAUUAAUGUCUGCUCUCAAAAUUUUUCUUCAUUCUUUGAUUCCUAUCCACACCAAUUACUUGAAGAUUGUUGAAAAGUCUAUGUCAUCCUCAUCUACGCACCUACCCUUUUUGUGCUGUUGUAAACUGUGGGUGAACUGUGAAGGCUUGGAAAUGGCAACAGAAGUGAGUUGUUCAUUGGCGAGGGAAUUGAGUGGACACGUCGAAGAACAGCCUCAGAUUCAUGCUGGGAAUUCAGACAGUUUGAUUACAAAAGACUUGCUGGGAAGUUUGUCAAAGGCUGAUAUUCAACUUCAGCCAUUGAAAGUACAGACACAAAAAUUCAGCUUACAUAAGUCACCAUUAUCAGAAUCAGCAUCCAAUUGUUCUCCAGAUGGAAAAAACAAGAAUUGGUUACCAAAUACGAUUCAAGAUUCCAAGCUUCAAAACUUGAACUUUCCCCCAAUUAGCUUUUUUGAAGACAUGACUUCCGUGGACUUAAAGCUCCUCCAGUCUUCAACUCCAAGCAGUUACCAAAGCGUCUGCACUCUUGACAAGGUUAAAUACGCCCUGGAAAGAGCAGAAAAAGAAACCAUGAAAAAACGCUCAUCAGCACCAGAACCACCUUCGUCGCCUCCAGCAUCUUCAUCAACACCAGGAAUGUUUGCAGCUGCAUGCCCUGGUUGCUUGCUAUAUGUGAUAGCUUCCAAGACAAAUCCCAGAUGCCCUCGAUGCAAUUCUAUUAUUCCAUCUUCCCUGGCUGUGAAGAAGCCUAGGAUUGAUCUCAAUGCAUCAUUUUAAUCCUUUCUGUUUCUCUCUCUCUUUGAAUAUUGAUUGGAGGCCGGAGAUAAUUGUAACUCUAUAAUGCAACAUAGGGUCGUUUUCCCUUCCAGUCCUGCCAAUAUUUUGGUUCUUGAAAAUUUAAACAUAUAGGUUUAGAUUUCUGGUUUCUUCAGUAUAUGGACCAUAAUGGUGAUCAUAUCCCAGAAAAUUUUUUAGUUUUAAUUUAUGUGUAUUUUGGAAAUAAAGAAACUUAAGAUUUCUUGAUCUUAACUUUUUUUUUUUUAACAAA